AUACUGCGUCAAACGGAGAAACGGAGUUACCAGGCCAGUUUUCAAGGAGUCUUGGAAAAAUCGAGAAUCGUAAACCGUCAGAAAUGUUGUAAACAAAGUCAGAAAGGUGAAGAGAAUACGGAAUUCUUUUCAAUUCGAAAAAGGCAUCGCAUUGGGCUUCUAUACAUAUAGCGGCGGCAGCUUUUUAUUAAUAAAAACAAUGUCCUACUACUACAAAGGUUUCGGAUUCUCAUACGAUAGGCAUAGUAAUGUCAAGGUUUAUACGGACGGUGCCUGCUAUGCAAAUGGGACUGAUUAUGCUAAAGCUGGAAUAGGCGUUUUCUUUGGCAACGAUCAUCCAUUAAAUGUCUCCCAACCUGCAUCAGGCAGACAGACCAACACCGUCGCUGAGGUCCAAGCAGUGACUAUUGCUGCUUAUCAGGCACGAAAAGCAGGCAUAAAAAAAUUAAGAAUUUAUACCGAUUCAAAGUUUGUGUACAAUUCUAAAACAAUGUGGAUAGAUAAGUGGAAAAGUAAUGGAUGGAUCACGGCCAGGGGAACCAGUGUGGCUAAUAGAUCGGAUUUAGAGAAAAUGGAAGAUGCUUUAAACUCAUUCGAGUUCAUUUAUUGGAUACUUGUUAACAAUCAAAACGGCAGUCAUGGAAAUGAAAUGGCGGAAAAACUGGCCAGAGCUGUCGUCGAUGAAUUUAAUAUUUCGGAUUCGUCUGAUGAUUAUUCUACGAGCGAUGAGUACGAUGACUCGUAUACGAGUUCGAGCAGUAAUUAAAUUAUUGUUAAGGUAAAUUCAAAAUGGUUUUAGAAAUACCAUAUGUGUAUUUUAAUCUUUUGAAAAAUCAUCAUUCUUCGUAAUAUAUUCUUGAAUUCAAAGUUUAUAAUGUGAAGGGUUUAAAAUUACCUGCAAUUUUGUACUUUUUACUAUGUUUGUAUUUUCUUCAGUUUCCUGUGAUAAAUUUAAAAUUGUAGAAUAAAAGAUAUUCAGCUGUACCAUUUUAAGAGCUUUAUAACGAUUGCUCCAAUUACUAAAUGUGAUUAUUUCUGUAAGAAUAACUAUGUGUAAAGUAUUUUAAAUAAUGUUAAUGCUUAAUAUUCCAAAUAAUAUUCUUCUAGAUUUUUUAUAUUAUUUUUGUAUAUUAUCCUUUUUAUUUUAUUUUACAUUACUUCUAUCAAUUUAGAAAUGGCUUCAAUUAUUUAAAUUUUCAUGAUUGUGACUCUAAAUUGCUAAAAUAAAAUAAAUUUUGUAGAAAUUGUUGAUGUAAGUUGCUGGCGUUAGGGUCAGAUGAUUUGAAACUAAUUAAGUUGCUUCAAACGUUUCGGCACACAAGCGUGGCCCUUAUUAAUGAGUUUUAUUAGAUCUUGUAAGAAUUUGUAUCAAAUUUGUGGCAUAAUAACAAACUUUUUCCUCCUCAGAAGAUAAAAGCAAGAUAGUAACGUCAAUGUUCACUGAAAACUGAGUGAAAACUGAAGAAAAUAUGGGAAUAUAUACUGCAUAAUAUGGACAAAAUAAAAUAAAUUGCUUUGAAUUUUGCAA